GUGGCGCUCCCUGGGCACCGACCCUCUCCGACAGUGCGGCGCUCCCUCGGCGCUGACCCUCUCCGACAGUGCGGUAUUCCCUUGGCGCGAUCCUCACAACAGUGUGGCGCUUCGACGGUGCAGCAUAGGACCAGAAGUGGGCCAUUUAGCCCCAUCUAGUCUGCAGUGCCAUUCAGUGAGAUUAUGGCUGCUGUCAUGAUUCUCAGUUCCACUUACUUGCCCUUUCCCCUAACUCUUGAUUCAAAUAGUCCAUCGUUGCUUUGAAUAUACUUAAGCUCUCAGAUUCUAUAGUCCCCUGCACUAAAGAACGCAGCAGUUUCAUUCCUCUCAGAAGAAAUUCUGUCUCAUGUCUGCCUUAACUGUGUGACCUUUUAUUCUGAGAAUAUGCUCUCCGGUUCUCGAGUCUUUCGGAAUGUUUCAUUAAUAAGGUUGCCUUAUUCUUCUGAAUUCUAAUGAGUACAAAGGCAACCUACUCAACCUCUCCUCAUAAAAACAGUCUCUCAAUACCCAUCAUCAGCCUGACUUAUUUCUGACUGAAAACCUGCAAAUUGUGUUUAUCUGCAUUCAUUAGCUGCUUCCAUCUUUGCUCAUGGGAAAAUGUCGGAUUUGGGGAAAGAAUUGAUCGUACAAUGUACUGAUGUUCGAAAAUCACAAUCAAGGAAAGUACCAGAACUUCCCAUCUUCGAAAGACGGAACUGGCUGAUACAUUUGCAUUAUAUCAGAAAGGACUAUGAAACCUGUAAGGCAAUAAUCAAAGAACAGCUGCACGAGACCCAUGGGAUGUGUGAAUAUGCCGUGUAUGUACAAGCUUUGAUAUUCCGUUUGGAAGGAAAAAUUCAAGAGUCUCUUGAGCUCUUUCAGACCUGUGCAAUACUAAAUCCUCAGAAUGUGGACAACCUGAAACAGGUGGCUCGAUCGCUGUUUCUGCUUGGGAAACACAAAGCAGCAAUUGAAGUUUACAGUGAAGCUGCAAAAUUAAAUGAAAAGGAUUGGGAGAUCAGCCACAAUCUCGGUGUCUGCUUCUUGCAUUUGAAGAACUUUGAGAAGGCUAAAGAAUAUCUGAACUGUGCUUUACAAACCAGCCGUCAUGAUCUGACUUUCAUGGUCCUCGGGAAGCUACACUUAAUGGAGGGAAAUACCCAAAAUGCAAUUGAAACAUAUAAGAAAGCAGUGGAGUUUUCUCCUGAAAAUGCCGAGCUUCUGACUACAUUGGGGUUACUGUACCUGCAGCUUGGAAUGUAUCAGAAAGCCUUUGAACAUCUAGGAAAUGCACUUACCUACAACCCCAAUAAUUACAAGGCCAUCCUGGCUGCAGGCAGUAUGAUGCAGACUCACGGUGACUUUGAUGUUGCUCUGAGUAAGUACAGAGUAGCAGCACAUGCUGUCCCAGAAAGUCCGCCCCUGUGGAACAACAUUGGAAUGUGUUUCUUUGGCAAGAAGAAAUAUGUGGCAGCUAUCAGCUGUUUGAAGCGAGCCAACUACCUGGCUCCCUUCGAUUGGAAGAUUCUCUAUAAUCUGGGCUUGGUGCACUUGACAAUGCAGCAAUAUGCGUCAGCAUUCCACUUCCUGAGUGCUGCCAUCAACAUGAAGCCGAGAAUGGGCGAGUUAUACAUGCUGCUGGCUGUGACAUUAACCAACCUGGCAGAUCCUGACAAUGCAAAGAGAGCCUACAACCAAGCUGUGAGUUUGGAUCAGUCAAACCCACUGGUGAACUUAAACUAUUCCAUUUUACUGUACAAUCAAGGGGAUAAAAAGGGAGCCCUUCACCAAUAUCAGGAAAUGGAGCAGAAGAUCAAUAAACUGAAAGCCAGUAGUAACAUGCCAGAGUUUGAUCCAGAGCUGGUAGACAUGGCUCAGAAGAUUGGAGCUGCUCUUCAGGUCGGGGAGAAUCUGGUCUGGACAAAACCAGCAAAGGAUUCCAAAUCAAGAGAGCGUCCAGCACCAUCCAGUAAAUCCACCACCAACCAACAACCGCUGGGCUCUAACCAGGCCCUAGGUCAGGCUAUGUCAUCAGCUGCAGGGUAUAGCAAAACAAUGCAGCUCUCUGCAGGUGGAUGCCCAAUCCGAACGCAGAAACCUCCAUCAUUACCCUUGGAACCAGAGUCCACUGUAGAUGCGGGCACUGAUGACCUGAACAAAAAGCGAGAACUGAUGUAGACAAUCAGGACUUGGGUUUACUGUGUUUGGAUUAUUGCUGGCCAGAUCCCUAAAGUCAACAAAAUACCCAUUACCAUUCUAAACUCAGCUGUGUAAUGGAUGCAGUCUGUGCGAGUGUGUGAGGUCAUUGGAAACACUGCAGUAGGGCGAUUCUUUCCAAUGUUCUGGUCAUCAGCAGGUUUGGUUUGUGAAAAAAAAACACAUGCUGGAACUCUUAACAAUACAUGUCAUACAGGAUUUGAAAAAGAGAGAUUAGUUCUGGUUGGGAUAACCCAUGAGAAUCUAUUGCAGGUGGACCAAACUGGAAUGGAAACCACGAAUUUUGGUCUAACUGGCGAAGGAUUGCUGAGGCUGUUUAUUGCCCUGACAUUUCUUUCUCUGGAAAUACUUAAAUAUGUGAGAAAGAAGAGGUUUUUUUGAUAUACUUAGUCUUGCACUCAUCAGGAUUAUUCACUAGAAAUACUAAAGUAGAAGGAAAGCAGUAUUUAUAUCUAAGAUUGGUUGACAAGAAGAUGCUAUUUGUUAGAGGCAUUGCCAUGCAGAACACUCCAGUUAAUAAGUUCUGUAUUACCAAACAACUAUUUAAAAUAUUUGUUAACCAGCUGCGUAGUUAGUAUAUUGAUAGAUUUCAUUAUCUAUUUCAUUGAAUGUUGCAGAAGCAAGAAGUUCUAUUCAUCAUCAAACCAUAAAAACACCUCCAUCAACUGAAGUACAUUUAUACAAAGGCUGUAUUAUCCACCCACUCGCUAAUACAAGUAUCCAUUGUGUGCGCAGUGAUUAUUACUGUAGAGACUGUGGAUAGAGGGUCAGUUAUGGCAGUGUGUAAUGUGAUUACAGUGCUUAAUUCAAUCCCAUCUGAUCAGUUAUAAUCUAAUGCUUUGUAAUGUCAGUUUGUUUUCAAAGAAUGAGCUACUUAUUAGACAUUUUAGACCUGUUAUAACAUAUACAUUUUUUUAUAAAGCUAGACUAAAACCAAAACUGUGAACUCGUUAUUUUUCUCCAAUUGUUCUCCUCAGCAGACUAUUACAUGCUCAUCAUCUAUUACAAAUUGUGUUAUCACCUGAACAAGGUAUUGCAAAUACAAAAUGAAUCUUUAAAAUGGAA